CCGCCUUCGAAGUUGUCAGGGGCAACUGUAAGAGACGCUUUUUGCUCACACACAGGAGGCUACACAACAACACUGGAAGUAACGCUCAAUGUUUAGCUAGAUAAGUAAUUUAAAGAUUAAAAAACUAGCUAGUUUAAUAGACAUUUAUCUGAAGAAAACGACAGUGAGAGUGGAGCAGUGGGGAUAUGGCGGUGUAUUUUGACCACCGUAUUGAGGCUCCUGAAAGCAGUGGUGUGCCCUUUCAGUUGACCUGGCACUCAGCUCUUCCUGUACUGGCUGUGGCUUCAAGCAGCCCCACCACUGGAGGGAAUGUAGACCUCUACCUGCAGCAGGGAGAGUAUGUGGAGAGCUGCCAUUUAGAACGUCCUUACCAGCCCACAGUGCUGCGCUGGCAUCCCACAAAGCCAGUGUUGGCACUAGGCUGGGAGAAUGGAGAGGUAGUGCUGCUGACACACCCUGCUGGAGAUCAAACAGUCCUUCCCAGCACACACGCAGCCUGCAUCACAAUGCUGGAGUGGAGUAGCUCUGGCAGCCGCUUGGUUACGGGUGAUCAGACUGGAACGUUAGCAGUAUGGAAGGUAGAUGCUAGAGGGAGACUUCAAGGAAACCAUCUUGUGAAGCAUGAAUACAACAAACCUCUAACUUGCUGCAUCUUCAAACCAGCCUCGCCUGGGGACGAUGUAGCAAUGCUAGCCCGAGCAUCAGUUAGUGGUGAUGAGAGUGCUCUGGACAUGUUCAGCUGGAAGGGAGCACCUCUCAAGAUGGGCCCACAGGAGGGACUCGCAUUCUACAUCAGCACUGCGGAUGGUAAGGUCCACAGUGUGGAUGAGCAUUGUAGGACAACCCUACUUCUCAGUGUGGAGGGUGAAGUCAAGAAACUGCUCUACCUCGAGAAAAGAGGGUUGCUUGCUGUGAUCACAGAGACCCUGAUGUUGUCACAGUACACUCUUGGACCUGAAGGAGGAGCACAGGAAGUUAUGAAGGUUAAGUUGAGCAGCAAGACUGGGCAGAAUGUAGACAUCGUCUGGACAGAGAAUGGCCUUCUCAUCACAGCAACAGGGGAACAGGUUAUCAGGCUGUGGGACCUUGACGGAGAUGACAACUAUGUGUUACCUCUCGACGAGACUCUGGGGUUUGAGAGAGGAGAGAUGAUGAACUGUGUCUCAUACUGUGCUGGAAAAGAAAUCUUGGCAGCUGGUACCAGCCAUGGGCGCAUAGCAAUGUGGAAGAUGGUGGUGCUGCCAGGCAGCAGCAGAGGGGAUACUAAGGUCCAGUGGAAGCUACAGACACCCACAGAAAUAGAAGGAAAUGUCACUGAGCUGCAGUGGGGCUCGAGUCUGAAUCUGCUAGCGGCCAACAAUUCGAACACGGUGCUGAUCCUGUGUGAGCAUGUGAUGUCUGCCCAUUUCAGCCAGCAGGUGGCAGCAGUGCAGCUCACCCCAACCCAGCUCAGCAUCACUGAGUUCACCACAGGAGCGCACCUGGCUCUGCAGUCUGACAUACACAUUAAGGGAGUUUGUGUUACUAAUGAUUCUGUGACAGUCUGGAGUGGCAAGCAGGUCACUGUAUAUGAGCUUUCGGGGACAGUUCUUCGCAAUACAGGAUCCUUUCCUUGUGACUCCCAUAUUGUAGCUGUGCAUUUAGAGAACCUCUACACUGUGGAACCUAACAGGGUCCAGAUUCGCACGCCACAGGGCACAGUGAAGCAGCUGCUGACCCUCUCCAAGUCAGAGGGCAACCCUGUACUACUCAGUGUGUGUCAGUCUUACCUGGUGGUUGGCACAGACACAGCACACAUUAAAGUCUUUGACCUCUCCAGAAGAGAUGCCAAAGCUCACUGCAGUGCUAAGAACUUGGCUGACCAGAUUGCUAAUCUGGGAGCCCUGAGGUCAGUCAAAUGUAAUGCCAACGGCAGCCAAGUCAGUAUCCUAAUCUCUCAGGUUAACGGGCGACCGGAUCACAAAGUUUACUUUUAUGACCUUGAGAUGGACACAGUGACACACUUUGACUUCUUUGUUGGCAGACCGUCAAGUGGUAUCUUACAGCCAGAAGAAAGUGAAAAGCAUCAGUUUCAGGGGACAGAGCUCAGCAGUCGCUGCCCAGUAUUUCAAUUCUGGGAUGAGAGUGAACCUCGUCUUUUUGUCUGUGAGACGGUGCCGAUCAGCUCUGAAUCCUCAUCAGCUAGUUUCUUGGAUGCGGUGGAUGUGUUGGUAGUGACACUCUUCUGUACGCAGGAGCAUGGGCUCCUCCUACAGGACUGCUACCCCAAAUCUUCAGGCCUGCAGGCGCUCCUCGCUCUGGAUGUGCCCUACUAUUAUUUCAGCUGCAAGCUAUUAUUUCGGAGGGGGGGUGUCUUUUUACCAGAACCCGGUGAAAGAGACUCAGGAUCAGCAGAGAUUACAGCCAUAACAUCAGCACCUCCACAGCAGACCCGGCCAUCAAUGGGUUCAGCUGCACAAUUCCCCCAUAUGGUGUCCAGGCGAGCUCUCAGAGACUUUGUGGGGCUGGAGAACUGUGAGAAGGCCACCCGCGACGCCAUGCUCAACUUCAGUUUCUACCUGACUAUUGGCGAUAUGGACGAAGCUUUUAAGUCUAUCAAGCUCAUCAAGAGUAAAGCGGUAUGGGAAAACAUGGCACGGAUGUGUGUGAAAACCCGCCGGCUGGAUGUGGCACGUGUGUGCCUUGGGAAUAUGGGAAAUGCCAGGGCAGCAAAAGCCCUGAAGGAGGCCGAGGCUGAGCCUGAACCAGAAGCCCAAGUGGCUAUGUUGGCCAUUCAGCUCGGCAUGCUGGAAGAUGCAGAAAAGUUGUACAAGUGCUGUCAACGUUAUGACCUGCUGAACAAUUUCUACCAGGCUUCUGGCCAAUGGCAGCAAGCUUUGGAAACGGCAGAGACCCAUGAUCGCAUCCAUCUGCGCACCACCUACUACAAUUAUGCCAAAUACCUGGAGUCCAUUGGUGACAAGACCCUGGCCCUCACAUAUUAUGAGCAUUCAGACACACACAGGGUCGAAGUGCCCAGAAUGCUCCAGGAUGACACGUCGUCUCUAGAGAUCUAUGUUAACAAAAUGAAAGACAAGAACAUCUAUAAGUGGUGGGCCCAGUACUUGGAAAGCCAGUCAGACAUGGAUUCAGCGCUGCGGUUUUAUGAAUGUGCCCAGGAUUACCUCUCCCUGGUUCGAGUCCACUGCUACAUGGGGAACAUUCAGAAGGCAUCUGAGAUAGCCAAUGACACAGGGGACAGGGCAGCAUCAUACCACCUGGCCAGACACUAUGAGGGUCAUGAUGAUAUCAAACAGGCUGUCCACUUCUACACACGAGCCCAGGCCUACAACAAUGCCAUACGACUUUGUAAGGAGAAUGGUCUGGAUGACCAGCUAAUGAACCUGGCUCUGCUGAGUAAUGCUGAGGACAUGAUGGAGGCUGCCUGUUACUAUGAGGAGAAAGGCACCCACAUGGACCGAGCUGUCGCACUGUUCCACAAGGCUGGUUACGUCUCCAAAGCUCUAGAGUUGGCCUUUGCCACCCAGCAGUUUUCUGCACUUCAGCUGAUCGCUGAGGAUCUGAAUGAGUACUCUGACCCAGCCCUACUGGCACGCUGCUCUGACUUCUUUAUCACACAUUCCCAGUAUGAGAAGGCUGUGGAGUUACUGGUAGCAGCCAAGAAGUACCAUCAAGCCUUGGAGUUGUGUGUGACCCAGAGCUUAACCAUCACAGAGGAGCUGGCAGAGAGAAUGACAGUAACUGAUUCAAAAGAGUUGUCUGAAGAUGCCCGAAAGGAGCUGCUGGAGAGGAUAGCGGACUGCUGCAUGCGUCAGGGCAAUUACCACCUGGCCACCAAGAAAUACACACAGGCGGGCAACAAGCCCAAGGCCAUGAGGGCCCUGCUAAAGUCAGGAGACACAGAGAAAAUAGUAUUCUUCGCCAAUGUUUGUCGUCAGAAGGAGCUUUUCAUCAUGGCCGCCAACUACCUUCAGUCUCUGGACUGGCGGAAAAAUCCAGAGAUCUUGAAGACAAUCAUUGGUUUCUACACUAAAGGCAGGGCACCGGACCUGCUGGCUGGCUUUUAUGAAGCCUGUGCUCAGGUUGAGAUUGAUGAUUACCAGAACUAUGAAAAGGCUCUAGAUGCUUUGACUGAGGCGGUCAAGUGCCUCUCAAAAGCAAAGGACUCUUCAACUGGACGACAGGAAGUAAGACUGGCUGACCUGCAGAAUAGAGUCACUCUUAUCAAGAAAUUUGUCCACGCACGCAGGUUGUAUGUGGAGGAUGCCGAUGAGGCGGUGCGGUUAUGUGAAGCUCUGCUGGAGGAGCCGGAGUUGGAUCCUGCUGUCAGGAUUGGAGAUGCAUUUGGUUUUCUGGUGGAGCACCACUGUCAGCAAGGCAACUUCCAAGUGGCCUACCGUAAGCUGGAGGAGCUUCAAAAGAUUUUGCCAUCGCAGAACAUCAGGUACUAUGUUAGCCAAGCCAGCCUAGAGUCCCUGCAAAAAGAGAUGGGUGUACCCAUGGAUCGUGGUGACAACAAUCAAGCUGUCAAGGAGGAGGAUGAAGUGGAGGAGGACUUAAAUGUAUCUUAAAUCGAUCUUAUCGAUGAUUUGUUUUUAAUAGAAUAUAUUUUCAUAUAUUUGGAUUCUUCAUUCAUGUGUAGAAAGAAUCCACAUAUUCAAGCGCAUAAAUAUGCAAGAGUCUGAACUUUCUCAGACCGGGAACAACUGUGCAGUUAGCGUCAGUUAGCAACACAAAUUACAUUGGUAAAAUGUGCGCAGUAAUUGCAUGUAAUAUAAGGCACUUGAUUAUUACGUGCAUGGAUGAGCACUGUGACGCGAAGACAGAAGAGAUGGGGCAGGGAGAGUGCUACACCAAGACCGCAUGAGGUUGUUUAAAAUCUUCCAUACUCAUUGAGACAGGAUGU